AUGUUUGAAAACGGUUGGACCGAGCGCAUAUGGUACUUUUGUGUAUGCUUUUCGGCUUGUGAAGGAGCGAGUAGCGAAUGCUCGCAUACGUCGCUGACUUUUUCACUGGCCGCUCCUCAUCACGGCGUGCGGCGUUAUGUCCACCCUGUAGUCCUCAAGCAUGCUCGAACCUCCAAGUAUACCACCCGUGGACUGCUCUGCGUCGACCAUACCCUUGACGAGCGGCCUGCCACCUGCCUACUCGGUGUGCGCACGCCGCCGCUUGGCGUGCCCAUGAUCUCCGCAGCAAUGCAUGUCAGUCUUAGACGCAAAGUUCAAUGGCAACCAGGCGAUAGAACGUCCUUCGACGUCUUCAGACGCGAUUAUCUAGCAUCAAUCUUCGUACUAGCAUUUGUAGGUAGGCUACGUAGUCCGAAACUGAAUACAAACGAUUUUGCAAGACCGUAA